AUGGACUCAAAUGCAGUGAAUCAAAUCGUCUCAGCUUUGGCAGUCAUCCAUUAUCCAUCUUCUACAAAUCAACAACGUCGUGAAGCUCAAGAGUUCCUCAAUAAAGUUGGAGAAGAAGAAGAAUCGCCGUUCUGGGGAUAUCAAUUGGCUUUGCCAGAAAACAAUAAUGAUCCAAAAUCUGCUACCAUUAUACGCCACUAUGGUUUGUCUCUUUUGCAACGAUCCGUGAGAAAUAGUUAUGAUUCCUUUGACAUGCAAAAAUGUUUGGCAGUGCGUGCUUGGAUAAUCGAACUUGCAAACAAAAUUGAGGUGAAUGAUCCCAUCUAUAUAAGAGAAAAAAUGGCGUCUAUUUGGGUGGACAUAGCCAAAAGAUGCUGGGGAUCAUUUCUAGAAGUGAACGCUGAAAAAGAUCCCAAUUUAAAAGUUAGUAGGAAACAAAUGGAAGAUAAAAAACCAGAAAUUGGCGGGGAAAAUAAUACGCAAUCUGAUGAUCAGUUGAAGUUGUUGAGUUGGCCAAGCAUGGAUAGAGACUUAUUUGACUUAUGGAAUAAAAAUUUGGCCACUAAGGAAUUGAGUUUGAUUAUAUUCAGAACAUUGUUUGAAGAUAUUUAUAUCCUUGAUGACCCAAUAGCCACCAGAAGAUCAGGAGUAUUAUCAAUGUUAUGCUCAGAAAUUAUUGUUCCAGUCGCCAUCCUUGAAAAAUACUAUGCUAGAAAUCAGUAUUUGUACGAACUGAGAGCAGAUGAAGAAGGCUGGAUGGUCAAGUGGACAGGGUUAUUAUAUGAAUGUUUGCAAAAUGGAUGUCAAGACAAGGAAAGCGCAAACUUCACUAUCCGGAUUUUACAGACUUUGAAAACAUGUUUCCAUUGGGUAACCGCAGAGAUAUUAAUCAGGGUUGAAAUGUUGAAUAAAUUGAGUCAAUGUUUGUUAAUAAAUAAUGUCAAGGUGAAAAUUUUAGCCAUUGAUUGCUUGCAUGUUUUAUUCAUCAGAAAUUAUGGUGAUGAAAAAGAAUUCCUUGAACUUAUUGCCCCUGUUUUCCAAUCAGAUGCCAUCAGUAUGCUUUUAAAUGUUUAUAGAUCAAUCAAGUUGGAUGCUGAUGAUGUCGAUGCUGAAGAGUAUUCAUUAUUGAAAAAAUUAGUUGAAUUAGGCGUUAGUCUUAGUUCAUACUUAGAACCGGUAACAUCCCCUUCAAAGCAUGUAUUCAAUCCUUACCCAUUACCAAAGGACUCUGAUAUUUCGGGAUACUUGAAAUUCAUUCUUGAGACAACUUGUAAUGAAAGUUUGAUAAUUAGUGGAUUAUCAACAAAUCUAUGGAUCACAAUUCUAAGAAUGGACCAUUUUUCAAAAGAAUAUCCUCAGAUUUAUGAAAUUCUUCCAAACUUAUUAGAAGUUGCCGCUAGCAAAUAUAUUCCAUAUGAAUGUCUCGAUGAAGAUCAUACUGUCCAGAAAUUCCUUCAAGUGGAUUUCGACUCCCAACCAGAUAGCAAUAAUUAUAUGAAUAACUACAAGAAAUCACUUGACGAUAUAAUCAGAAUUACUACUUGCAAAUUGCCAAAAGAAGCUAUUGAAUGGCUUGAAAAUAGAUUAUCAAUGUUUUUCAGCUCUGAAAUGGGUUCCAAGGUUUUAAAUGGCAAAAGAUUUAAAUACGAUAAUGGUGCUGAUGAAGCAUUUAUUUAUGGGGUAUCACAAUUGAACAUUAUUGAGGCGGUGAUUAAAGGCAUUAGCAGAUGGAGAUUAUGGUAUGAUAAAAGUAAGCCAGACAGGGAAGUAAAAGAGACCGAAUUACUUCAGCUUACUGAAAACUUAUUUAAUCAGUUAUUGCAAGUCCAAUUCCAAGAUCCACUUUUAUGCAAAAGACAAAUUCAAGCAUUAGCACAAUUUACUCCAUUGAUCAAACAAAAUACUAGCUUGAUUUUUAAUUUAUUGGAGAGGAUCUUUUCGUUUUUCACAAUUAAAUUCCCCUCCGAUGCAACCGAUGAACAAUUGGAACUCUAUAGAGACUUGAGAAGUUCUUUGGGAAAUGAAUUGAACAGGUUAGCAAUCAUGGCCCCUGAAAACUUUGUUGACAGAUUUUCCGAUUUAGAGAAUGUUGUCAAAGAAACUUUAACCAAUGGCGAUUUGUCAAGCCAUGAUUCUGUUUCCUUGAAAUCAUUCUUGUUAUUAGUUAGUUUGAAAGGUUUGCCAGUGGAUCAAAGAGAAGAGAAGUUUUCUUUAAUUGUUGAUAAUGAUUUGCAAGCUUGGAAUGAUCCUCAAACAAUCCAAGGUUUGAAUAACUUGCAUUGGUUCAUGGAAAGACUAGGGAUUGUGAAAAUUGCAAAUUAUUUUAAAAAUAGAGGAAUCACAGCAGGGACUAAUUUAAUUGAAACUCCGAUGGAUGAAGAAGGUAAGAGGUUAAGAAAUGAAUUAAAAAAACAGUGGGCGGAAGCUUUCCCAACAAGACAAACCAGGGUUUACAUGUUAUAUUCAAUUGAAAAAUUGCAACCUGGGUCGGCAGAAUUUGAAUUUGUCUUGAAUUUGUGGAAGCCAAGAAUUACUCCAAUUGUUUUGCAUGUUUUAAAAUUAAUCUGUCAAAUUCAAAAUUAUCAUGAUCCAAACAAAUGGAACGACUUACCAGUAGAGGUUCAAUCAUUUGUCAAGGUAAGUUGUACUGAGAGAUUUUGGCAUAUUGGAAUUUCAACGAAAUCAAAAGAUACCUAUGUUGAAGAAAAUGUGAAAGCGGCGUUGACUCUUAGAGAUUUUGCUGAUUCUGUUGGACAUAUUGUUAGAUACACUAGAGAAUAUGCGUUUUUAAUUAUUGGUUGUGCCUCACAGUUUGGUGACGUUAUGUACUCUAUCCCAGAUUUCUCACAAUUAUUAUGGAAUGCUGUUGCCGGAGAUACGGUAGGUGUGACUUUGCAUUCUUGGAAACAUAUGAUCCAAUCAUGUCUCAGACCAGUCAUUCAAAAUUGUCCUGUUGAGUAUGCUAACACCUUCUUGAUGGAAUUGUUAUCUUUAGCAUUACCGGCGCUUGAUGAGUUAUUGAAUGAAAAAUGGAGUAUUGUUAUGAGAAAUGGUAUCAAGAUUUCUAGCGAAGCAUCUGAUGAUGAAUUAUCCGACGAAAUGUUUUUUGAACAUCUCACUAGACAAGUGACGGCGUUAUGUACAAGGGUGUUGAUCGAUAUUGUGGGGCAAUUUUCUGUGAAAGGUCAAUUGAUUUUGAAUGGGAGACAAUCGCAAUUUAGAGCAGCAGUUAUAAAAAAUAAACCGGUAUUGGAGAAAGUGAUAAAGUUAGUUUAUGAUAUUUUGACUUUUAAGGACUCGCGAUGCUGUUACAAUAUGAUCUUGAUCAUGAGGGGUUUGUUAUCCGAAUUAUUAUUCAUGAAUGAAACUAUUGACCAGUGGUUAUGUGGGGAAAUUUUACCAUUAUUGGUAAAGUUUGUGACCGAUCCAUAUUAUCAUGAGAUGGCUGCCGAUAUUGCCUCUUUGAUCUGUGAAAUUUAUAUUCCAAUGAGAUCAAAAUACGAUGAGCCAAAAUUGGUACUACAAAAUAUUUGUGGGUUGAGCGACAGAUCCAUUGAUAAUAUGGAAAAAGUUUUGAGUAGUUGCCGGAGUGCGAAACAACAAAGAAACUUGAUGCAUCAAGUCAUUAUCAGUAAACAAAAUGAACAAUUCCAACAAGAACAAAGAAAAAGGGCCAUUAAUAGAAAAAAGAAAGCCACGGAAACAGACUUGAUGAAUAAAUCGUUGUCUGAAGAUCCCAAUGAAGGCGGGUUGUUGAAUAACUUGUUUAGCUAA